AUGUCAGCGGCAGAACAAGUUAUUCAUCAUGUACACCCAUUACCUGAUUCAGUACCUGAAUCAGAAGACUUAUUCGCCCCACCACCAAGGUUGAGAGGUGAAGAAGGAAGACCGAAACCCCACAUUGGUCCAAAUUUCCAAUCCUAUUUGACGGAAUGGAAGAAGACCGUAGGACCAGAUAGUGAUAAAUGGUGGGCUGAAAAAGCGGUAGAAUGUUUGAGCUGGUACACACCUUUCAAAACUGUCAGAGCUGGUGAUUUCGAAAAUGGUGAUGUGCAGUGGUUCCCAGAGGGAACCCUGAACGCUUCAUACAACUGUCUCGAUAGACACUUUUAUAAAAAUCCAGAGAAAACAGCAAUCAUCUACGAAGCUGAUGAACCUUCCGAAUCAAGAGAAAUAUCCUAUGCAGAAUUAAUGAGAGAAACUUGUAGAGUAGCAAACGUACUCAGAUCUUGGGGUGUUAAGAAAGGUGACGCAGUUUCAGUAUACCUUCCCAUGACAUGGCAGGCUGCUGCUGCAUUCUUGGCUUGUGCAAGAGUCGGUGCGGUACACUCUGCUGUAUUCGCUGGUUUCUCGGCCGAAUCUCUCAGAGACAGAGUAAACGACUGUGAAUGUAAAGUGUUGAUCACCACCGAUGAGGGACGACGAGGUGGAAAAAGUAUUGCCACUAAAGCUAUCGUCGACGCUGCCCUUCAAUCGUGUCCACUUGUCGAACACGUCCUUGUGCUUCGACGAACCGGUAACAAGGUACCUUUCACCGAGGGCAGAGACAAAUGGUGGGACGAGGAAUGUGCCAAAGUCCCUACCUAUUGCCCUUGCGAGCCAAUGGCUUCCGAGGAUCCUCUCUUCAUCCUUUACGGUGUGGUCCACAGUACUGCUGGAUACCUCCUUGGUGCCUAUCUGACCGUCAAGUAUGUAUUCGACGUUCACGCCGACGAUAAAUUCGCUUGUAUGGCCGAUGUUGGAUGGAUAACAGGUCACACCUACAUUGUUUACGGACCCCUCGCCAACGGUGUUACCACGACUGUAUUCGAAUCCACUCCGGUCUACCCUACCGCCUCUAGAUACUGGGACUUUGUCGACAAAUGGAAGGCGACACACUUGUACACUGCGCCUACGGCCAUUCGAUUACUUCGAAGAAUGGGUGAAGAACAUGUUGCAAACCAUGACCUUUCAUCAUUGAGAGUGUUAGGAUCAGUUGGAGAACCCAUCAACCCAGAAGCUUGGCAUUGGUACAAUGAUUUCGCCGGAAAGAAACAAUGCGCUAUCGUGGAUACUUAUUGGAUGACUGAAACCGGGUCAAUCGUCGUCACUCCAUUACCAGGAGCCAUAUCAACCAAACCUGGUUCAGCGACUUUCCCAUUCUUCGGCAUGGAUGUUGACAUCAUCGAUCCUCAAACUGGUAAAGUCUUGGAAGGAAAUGAUGUGGAAGGUGUUUUGGUUGCAAAGAAACCAUGGCCAUCACUUGCUAGAACAGUCUUCAAAGAUCACAAGAGAUACCUUGAAACAUACAUGAAACCUUAUCCAGGUUACUUCUUCUUUGGAGAUGGUGCUGCUAGAGAUUACGAUGGUUAUAUCUGGAUCAAGGGAAGAGUUGAUGGUGAUGUAUCAGGUCAUCGAUUAUCCACGGCCGAAGUAGAAUCAGCUUUGAUUCUCCACAAGGGUGUAGCGGAAACGGCAGUGGUCGGUUCACACGACGAUAUCACCGGUCAAGCAGUGUUCGCUUUCGUCACCAUGAAACCUGAAUUUGACUUCAAAGCUACCAAGGAAGUUGACUUGAACAAAGAAUUGGCUAUUCAAGUUAGAAAAGUGAUCGGUCCGUUCGCCGCUCCCAAGAAGAUUUACCUCGUCAACGAUUUGCCUAAAACACGAUCGGGUAAAAUCAUGAGACGUAUCUUGAGGAAGAUCGUCGCUGGAGAAGGUGAUCAAUUGGGUGAUUUGUCAUCCAUCGCUGAUCCAACUGUAGUCGAAGACAUCAAAGCUAAAGUAGCUGCUGGACCUGCCAAAUAA